UUGAUUUCAGAUAGACAUGGAGAAAUUAUAAAACAGAAAGAACAGGUAGAUAUUACGAAUCUUAACUCAUUCAGCGAAGACGAAGAGAACACAGUGGUCCCAGCUCAUGAAGAUAGACAUGGAGAAAUUAUAAAACAGAAAGAACAGGUAGAUAUUACGAAUCUUAACUCAUUCAGCGAAGACGAAGAGAACACAGUGGUCCCAGCUCAUGAAGGUGUAACGUCGAAAUGUGAAGGACGUCUGGAAUUCCAAACGUUGCCUGUCGGAAGUCUCCCUCCAUUAAAUGUCACCAACGAUGUUCCUGCACGAACUCCUGCAGACUGCGCCAAGAAAUGCUUUGAAUCCAGAGGAUGUUCUCUUGCUGGUUUCAUUGGUAGCCCAUCCGGGAACAUUUCACGAGGCGUUUGCCUCUUGACCUCUGAUGGAACGUGUACGUAUAAUAUUCAAAAUGUGACACCGGAUCGGGUUCUGCCAGACUUUAAUCACGUCGAAAGUGUUUCUUCAAUAGGCGAAUGCGCUCGAGCUUGUUAUGCAAGGCGGUGUACCAUGGCACAAUACAACAGUCAACAGCAC